AUUAACUCGUCUUGACUACCAAAAAUAAAUAAAUUAAAAGAUAUCUUCAAUAUAUUUUCCCUCCCUUUUUGUCUUUCAUAUUUCAUUUUACUUUUGCCUGGAAAUUAUCACUGGAAUUUUAGGGCGAUAGCGGCGCAGGGUGCAGACUGCCGACUGGUUUCACAGUGCUUUUUAAGAGCUGACACGGUGGUGGACUACUCAACAAGGGCGAAACCCUAUAACUUUGGUGUGUUUCACGCUGAAAAAAUCCUCUGUCCAUCACUGUGGAAGAAACCAUCCGAGACAACAUCAUAGCCACUUGAUUCAACACAAACCAAGAAAUAGAAAAGAAAAAGAGUCGGCAGAGACCAAUUGAGAAUACUUUCUGGGUAUUCAUUCAUUCCCAAGGCUAUUUGGCUCCGAAAAUGUCUAUUGGUGCUCGUGAACUUACCAUUCUGGGUGACUUCAAGCCCUUUGGCUUGAUUGCGGAAGCUCUUGAUGGCAAACCCUCCGAUACUUGUGUGGAUGAUUAUCGUUACUUCCUCUUCAGUCCAGAAGUGACCAAACAAAGAGAUGAAGCGGAUGAACUCGAUUUGCCAUCUCCAAGUGACCGGAGCGAUCACGAGCUAUUUAUAAGAGGGAACAAGAUUAUAUGGAGCAUAGGUUCACGAGUCUAUAAGAGGUUCACAUCACCCUCCACAGUGAUAAAGGCAUGUUGGUGUCGGAUGGGCGAUACUUCAGACACUGUUCUGUGCAUUCUACAGAGUGAUAGUUUGUCAAUUUAUGACACAUCAGGUGAAGUAACAUCUGUUCCUCUUCCUCGUAGCAUCACCUCCAUAUGGCCUCUUCCAUAUGGUUUACUCCUCCAACAGGCACCUGAAGGGAGUUCGCAAUCACAUAUCCAUUUUUCGUCUUUGAGCCCACUUUUAAGUGCUCGUAAUACAAUCCGUUCAAAAAGGGAUGUUAGUACUCAGCAGAAUUAUACUGCUGUACAUGGUUUAGAUUUUACUAUCAGGGGAGAUGGGUCUUCAAUGUCCUCACAUCUGAUAUUAAAGGAUCCACUGGAAGAACCUCAGCCAACCUAUAUUGAGGAGAGGGGGAAAUUGAACUUUAACAAAGAAGUUGAUGAAAGGACCAUUUGGACUGGAGAUUGUGUACCCCUGAUGGCGUCAUACAACAAAGCUAAGCUCCAGCAUUCUUUAUGGGUUGUUGAAACCAUCAACUCUAACAUUGAAAUGGGAAAUUCUAGAUUUCCUGAUGUUCCCCUUGGAGUGCUAACGAAGCAAUUUUCAUUCCGGAGGAUAUGGCAAGGAAAGGGUUCACAAACAGCUGCUAGUAAGGUGUUUCUAGCAACUGAUGAUGAUGCAUCACCCAUUAUUUGCUUACUACUCCAAGAGCAAAAAAAGUUGUUGUCUCUGCGGCUUCAGACUGUAGAAAUAAAUACCGAAGUUAUCUAUGACAUUAAGCCUGACAUGAGUUGGAGCAUUCCAGCAAUUUCUGCAGCACCAGUUGUUGUCACUCGACCAGGAGUUAAAGUGGCCGGACUUCCAUUUGUGGACAUUGUCGUGCUGACAUCAGAAAACACUCUUCUUCUAUAUUGCGGGAAGCAAUGCCUUUGUGAGUUCAAGUUGUCUCACCUUGGCAAAGAUCAGGUUUUGCAUGAUCCUAAAAUUGUUGGGUUAGCAGAUGCUGUUGAGGAGCGUAUCAAUGUAAUUGUGAACAGUGGACGGAUUUACCGAUGUACUUGGCGACGCAAUCCAUCAUCGUCCUUGGCAAAUGAUUGUAUCACUGCAAUGGCUGAGGGGCUGAACUCUACGUUGUAUAAUCACUUUCUUGUUCUCCUUUGGCGCAAUGGAGAUCAAACAUAUCUGAGUGGGGCGGAUAUGACUGCUGAUUCUGAGUGGGAAUCCUUUCAAAGCGUAAUUAAACAAAUAUGCAAAGAGUCUGGUCAUACUUCUGAAAAACUUUCAGAUUCUGUUUCAUGCUCUUCAUGGGAGUUUCUUAUUAAUAGCAGAUAUCACAAGCAAUAUAGCAAAAGUUAUCCUAUAACUGGACUUUCAGAAACUUCAAUUGAUCAGCAGGGAUUGUAUUCACCUGGACUAUCCAUGGGUACAUCAGAUAGUAGUGGAAGCUCGUUGUGUGCUGAAUUAGUGACUGAGACCCUAGAUACACUGCAUACUGUAUACGAAAGUUUGAAACUAGACAAUCUUCGUAAACGAGAUUUGGGUCUUCUGGUGGUUCUAUUAUGUGAUAUUGCAGCUUUCCUGAGCGAAGAUUGCUACUUGGAUCAUUACAUACGCGACUUUCCUUGCCUCUCAAAACGCCAUGAAGUAUCUCUGACCUCAUCCUCCAAGAGAACUCCUCCUAGUUUAUUCAGGUGGCUUGAGUCCUGCCUGAAGCAUGGGUACAGUUCUGCUAGUAUUAGUCAUCUCCCAUCUUUGAUCUUCAGAGAUGGAAGUUCUGUUGUCAACUGGGGACGGAAAAUUGUAUCAUUCUAUAGCCUGUUAUGUGGUGCUGAACUAUUGGGGAAGAGGCUAUCUUCUGGUGUUUCUUGUGCUAUUGCAUCUGGAUCGUUUAAUACUCCGGAGGAAGUAACUGUCUUGUCAAUGGUUGGAGAAAGAGUAGGUCUACAACAGUUAGACUUGUUACCUGCUGGAGUCUCUCUUCCUCUGCGAGAUGCAUUGGAUAAAUGCCGUGAUUCUCCUCCAAUAGAUUGGCCUGCUGCUGCAUAUGUUCUUCUUGGUCGGGAGGAUUUGGCUUUCUCACGUUUAGCAUAUUCAAGAAAAUCUGUGGAGCUUGAGCCCCAUAUGAAUGUAAAUAUGACAUGUAUGUCCGCUCCUUACAUGUUGAACCUCCAUCCGGUGACAAUUCCUUCCUCAAUAUCUGACACAGUACAGUCAGAGGAUAACAAGCUAGAGGAUGUAGAUUCUGUUGAGGGAUAUGUGGCUGAUGGUAUGGAGCAUAUUUUUAACUCCGGCAUCCAGUUGCGUUAUGGUCGCGAUCUGCGAUUGAAUGAGGUUAGACGUCUUCUAUGCUCUGCUAGGCCUGUUGUUAUUCAAACACCUGUUAAUCCAAGUGCAUCAGAUCAGGACCUCCAACAGGCUCAAUUAUGGCAGCUUGCUCAAAGGACUACGGCCCUUCCCUUUGGCCGUGGUGCAUUUACACUUGCUACAACCUGCACUCUCUUAACGGAGGCACUCACGGUUCCCAAGCUUAUCUUGGCAGGUCGGCUGCCUGCGCAGCAAAAUGCAACAGUUAACUUAGAUCCAAAUGUUAGGAAUGUUCAAGAACUCAAAUCUUGGCCCGAGUUUCACAAUGCAGUUGCUGCUGGAUUAAGGCUUGCUCCACCUCAGGGAAAGAUGUCAAGAACAUGGAUAUUGUAUAACAAACCUGAAGAGCCCAGUGUAGUUCAUGCUGGACUACUACUUGCUUUAGGAUUACAUGGACAUCUUCGCGUCUUAACUAUAACAGAUAUAUAUCAAUAUUAUUCUCAGGAACAUGAAAGUACAACUGUUGGAUUGAUGCUUGGCCUUGCAGCAUCAUACAGGGGAACUAUGCAGCCAGCAAUCUCAAAGUCUCUCUAUGUUCAUAUACCAUCCCGUCAUCCGUCUUCCUUCCCGGAAUUGGAAUUGCCAACCCUGUUGCAGUCAGCAGCUCUCCUUUCUGUUGGGCUUCUAUAUGAGGGAUCUGCACAUCCCCAAACAAUGCAAAUUCUUCUGGGUGAAAUAGGCCGUAGAAGUGGAGGAGAUAAUGUACUUGAAAGGGAGGGAUAUGCAGUUGCAGCUGGGUUCUCACUGGGAUUGGUUGCCUUGGGUCGUGGAGAAGAUGCUCCUGGCUUUGUGGACGCUUUGGUUGAUCGGUUAUUCCUGUACAUUGGCGGCAAGGAGCCUCAAAACGAGAGGUCCCAUCUUUUUGUUCCAUCUAUUGAUGAACUCAAUCGGAGUGCGGGGCAGAUAAUGGAUGGUACUGCAGUUAAUGUUGAUGUUACUGCACCUGGAGCCACCAUUGCCCUUGCUCUUAUGUUUUUGAAGACAGAGUCAGAGUUGGUCUAUUCUAGGUUAUCUGUCCCGCAGACACAUUUUGAUUUACACUAUGUUCGACCUGAUUUUAUAAUGCUCCGUGUCAUUGCUCGGAAUAUGAUAAUGUGGAGCAGAGUUCAUGCAUCUGAAGAAUGGAUUCAAUCUCAAAUUCCGGAGGUUAUUCAAAAUGGUGUUAAAGGCCUUGGUGAUACCAUGAGUGACACAGAUGAGAUGAAUUCUGAUGCAUUUGUUCAAGCAUAUGUUCACAUAGUGGUUGGAGCCUGCAUUUCUCUUGGGUUAAGAUAUGCUGGUAGUAGGGAUGGCAAUUUACAAGAGCUGCUCUACAAAUAUGCACUAUACUUCCUUAAUGAGAUAAAACCUGUAUCUGUCUCAAGUGUGGCAUUUCCAAAAGGACUGUCUAGAUAUAUUGAUCGUGGCUCACUGGAGACAUGUCUUCACCUAAUUGUUCUCUCUCUAUGUGUGGUAAGUAUAUAUCUGCACAAGCACAAAUUGUUUAAAUUUAUGGUUAGGAUUCAUUCAGAAAUUCUACUUGUGCAGGUCAUGGCAGGGUCUGGACACCUACAAACAUUCAAGUUGUUAAAAUAUUUGCGUGGUCGAAAUUCAGCAGAUGGGCACUUGAGCUUCGGUAAUCAGAUGGCUGUAAGCUUAGCCAUUGGCUUCUUGUUUAUUGGGGGUGGAAUGCAGACUUUCUCGACUAGCAAGAGUUCUAUUGCUGCUUUACUAAUAACACUAUAUCCGCGAUUACCGACUGGACCUAAUGACAAUCGGUGCCACCUUCAGGCUUUUCGGCAUUUGUAUGUUCUUGCAACAGAAGCUCGCUGGGUUCAGACAGUUGAUGUUGACAGUGGUUUACCUGUCUAUUGUCCAUUAGAAGUUACUGUUCGAGAGACAGAACACUAUGCAGAAACGAGUUUUUAUGAGGUUACCCCGUGCAUUCUUCCAGAACGUGCUGUUUUGAAGGCUGUUCGUGUCUGCGGCCCUCGAUACUGGUCUCAAGUCAUCAAUCACAUUCCUGAGGAAAAACCGUGGAGCUCAGGGGACAAGGGUGAUGCGCUUAGUUCUGGUAUCCUCUAUGUCAAGAGAAAGGUUGGAGCAUGUUCCUAUGUGGAUGAUCCUGCCGGGUGUCAGUCACUGCUGUCGCGAGCAAUGCACAAGGUGUUUGGCUUGACACGUCUGAGAGCUUCAGCAGCAAGUAAAGAUUGUCAAGAUGGUGACAUGGUAGAUCAGUUGAUCGGUACUUUCUCGUCGAACCCAAGCUUAAUUUCGUUUGCCCAGCUCUGCUGUGACCCUAACUGGAAUAGCAGAUCUGACAUUGACUUCCAAGAAUUUUGCUUACAAGUGUUAUUUGAGUGUGUAAGCAAGGACAGGCCAGCCCUAUUGCAGGUUUACCUGUCAUUAUACACAACUAUUGGUUCCAUGGUUGAUCGGGUUACUAGUGAUUCCAGCAAUUUACAGGACACUCUCUUCAUCUCAAGUCUGAAGAUAGCGCUGGCCUACAAUAAUAGUUUGCUAAAUAAAAGAUCAACAAGUUCAAAGGAGGGAAUCGUACAAUUGACUUUUCUUGGUUCAGUCCAGAAGCGUGUGGAGGAGAUUCUUAGUUCAUCUCUGGAAUUUCAGAAGGAUUUUUGUGAGUACAUGAAAUAUGGAAGAUGGCCAACUGAAGAUUAUGGAAGAAGGGCCUCAACUCUUCUUUCUUGGUAUGUACAAUGGUACAAUGUGCCAUCACCUUUCCAAGUUAAAAGAGCUUUGGACAAAAUCAAGGAAAUUAACACAUCCUCUUCAGUCCCUCUUUUACAUUUGCUGUUCCCUACAACUGAUGUUGCUGCCCUCUAUGAGAUCAACAGAAUAGGAUUUUGCUCCAGGGGAUGAGAUUUGAAUAUCCUUCUCUAAAUUUUAUUGUUGUUGUAACUAGCAAGUCUCUGUAUAUUCUUAAUUAUUAAUUUAUAAUGUUAGUAUUGAGUUACAGAAGGAUAAUUGAGGUUUUUUUGGUAGGAUAUACAACCCCAAUUCAUUUUAGCUAUUAUGAA